UAACGGACACGUGUCACGAGAAGACGGAACCCGUGUGCGUCACCAUCCCAUGUGACCGGAAGCAGUAGAACAAGAACAGUAGCGUUGUUAUAAACAAGACAGAAACUUUGACCCAACAAAACGCGAGAUAAAUAGCGAUGAAGAGUGUUUGGAUCAUACUGCUCUGUUUAUUCGUUAUCGCAGAGGCAAAUCAAGGUUUUGAUGUUCGUCAUCACUUAUCCACCGUCACCAGAUACUCUGCUUCAAAAGAAGUCUCUCAAAACUUGAUUAAAGGGUCAAAUGUCCCUAGUGAGUGUACACCUAUCCACCUUAACCUUGUGGCUAGGCAUGGAACUCGUUCUCCAACCAAGAAACGGUUACGGGAACUGGAGAAUUUAUCUGGUAGGCUAAAGGAACUGGUGAGAGACGCAGAAGCUGAGAAAGUCCCUGGAUGGCUAGGGAAAUGGAAAUCUCCAUGGCACGGCAAAGUGAAAGGCGGGGAGCUGAUCAGGCAAGGAGAGGAGGAGCUGUACCAGCUUGGGAUCAGGGUUAGGGAACGGUUCCCCACUUUGUUCGAAGAGGAUUAUCACCCUGAUGUUUAUACCAUUAGAGCUACACAGAUUCCUCGGGCAUCUGCAAGUGCUGUGGCGUUUGGAAUGGGAUUGUUCAGUGAGAAAGGAGACUUGGGACCUGGGAGUAAUAGAGCGUUUGCUGUCACUAGUGAGAACCGUGCUAGUGAUACCAAGCUAAGAUUCUUUGAAUGUUGUCAAAACUACAAGAGCUAUAGGAAAGCUAAAGGGCCUGCUGUGGAUAUGCUCAAGGAGCCUGUUCUUGAUAAGAUCACAGCUUCCGUUGCAAAGAGACAUGGUUUAAAUUUCACUAAACAAGACGUUUCUUCUCUCUGGUUUCUAUGCAAGCAGGAAGCAUCAUUGCUUAAUGUAACUAAUCAAAGUUGUGAACUUUUCACUCCGUCUGAGGUUACUUUGCUGGAAUGGGCAGAUGACUUGGAAGUGUUUAUUCUCAAAGGUUAUGGAAACUCCUUGAACUACAGAAUGGGAGUUCCGUUGCUAGAAGAUGUUUUGCAUUCGAUGGAAGAAGCUAUCAAGGCUCGAGAAGACAAGCUCCCACCUGGAAGCUACGAAAAAGCAAGACUGAGGUUUGCACAUGCGGAAACUAUAGUUCCCUUCUCUUGUCUUCUUGGCCUCUUCCUAGAUGGAUCUGAGUAUGAGAAGAUACAGAAGGAGAAACCAUUGGAACUCCCUCCACAGCCUCCUAAGACCAGGGACUUUAGAGGCAGCACCAUGGCUCCUUUUGGUGGGAACAACAUGCUUGUCCUCUACAGUUGUCCUGCAGCUUCCUCUCCCAAGUACUUUGUUCAGGUUCUGCACAACGAGCAUCCUAUCGCACUUCCAGGUUGUGAUGGAAAAGACUUCUGUCCUCUUGAAGAUUUCAAGGCCAAAGUGGUGACCCCUCAUCUCAAGCAUGCUUUUGACAACCUCUGCAAUGCUAAUCUAGAUGACCCUGAACAGAAUCAUCAAUCUCUGUGGAGUUGGCUGUUGGGGUCAAGCCAAAAAACCGAGCUCUAAAUUACUAUUUACUCGACAACUUUCUUUUUUCCUUUACAUUCUAGCUGAGUACGGUUCUAAACAUGUAAUCACAUAGAGCAAUGCUGUCUGUCUUUUGUUUGUCCACUUGUUACAGAAUCUGCCUCAGUAAGCAUUACAAUGUAUAAAACCCUCAAGGCAAUGUCUCAGAAUCUGUCUGAAGGAUUUUUGCGCAAA